GGAUUAUUCCAACUAUUAGUGGUCAGUGUUGUCCUCCUACUGUUGCCUUUGCUAUUCAAAAGAUUGCUAAUAAUAAAGCUGUCAUGUUUGGUGGAUCAGUGCCUAGUGAUGAUGGUAGGAGAGAUAUAAUGGUUAAUACAGUCUAUACAUGUCAACUGGAGUCUGAUACUACAUUACACUGGGAGAGUGUUAAGGGACCAGUAGUACCUGCUAGUGUACAGUGGCCUGUGGGGAGACGUUAUCAUGCUAUUACUAGUAUCAUCAGUGACUCACCUACACUAGUAAUAAUAGGUGGGGAGGAUCAAAAUGAUCAACUAGUAAAUGAUAGUUGGUUACUGAAUACUAAUCAGUACCAGUGGAGUAAAAUUGUUCUACCUGAAUCUGUUACUGGUAGAUGGGCCCAUUCCUUAUCAUCAAUAAUGAUGAGUCCAGACUGUGUGUGGUUGGUGGUAGUGGGUGGGAGAGGAACAAAUAAAUGGAAAAAUGUAGGAAGAGGAUAUAAGGAACCAUUUUCUGACUUUAUCACUGAUCCUAAUAUCACAAUGUUAAUAGAACUAGUUUUAAGGGAAGGUAAAUGGAGAGUAAGUGAAGUACUAGAUUCUACUGGUCUGACUACUGAGGCCUAUCAAGACAAGUAUCAGUUAUUAUUAAAAAAGAGACAAUGGUGGCAAGAUCAGUUUAUAGUAUACCCUACAGAGAGAGAAGUAAAACUGCAAAAUUAUGUGGAAUCGUUGCAGCAGAAGUUAAGAGUAUCUGAGGGAAACAAGACCUCACUGCAGGAAGCACUCCUUGAGGCUAGUCAGCAAGACAAGACAAGAGUAGAAGGAGUGAAAGAAACUAAACUAUCUUCAACUAAAGAGGAAGUGUCUACUGGACCAACUGAUGUUUAUAAAGAUAAUGAUGAUCUUAAAGGAGAGGAAAAGGAGGAGGAGCAGACAACAGAAACUAAACAAACAACCAGUCAAGAAGAGAUUGAGAAACUUAAAGCUAAAGUUGUUGAUAGCGAAACUUAUAUAGCCACACUGACGGAGGAGAAAACUUUAACUAAUGAAGAGAAUGAGAAACUUAAAGCUAAAGUUUUUGACGAUGAACUGGUAGUUGCUAAACUGACAAAAGAAAAAUUACAACUGAAGGAAGAGUUGCAGUCAUUGAAAGAUAUUUCAACUGAUACUAAGAGUAUUCAAUGUGACUACUGGACUAAAGCAGAAUUACCAUUUGAUGGUAUGGUAACAUUGGGUAAGAAGGUGUGUCUGUAUAAUGCCAACAGUAGUCAUGAGUUACAGUUGGAUGAAUGUGGUCUUAGCCUCUCUCUACCUGAUGGACUCUUCUCUCCAGUGGAUAGCACUGUCUAUGAAGCUGCUGCUCAAGGUCUAUGGGGAGGAGAUUUUGAGUUCCCUGGAGGCACACAUCUGAUCAGUAGUGUGUGUUACAUAUCUGUGUCUCCUACUGUUCCUGAACUGGAUAAACCAGUGACUGUAGAGCUAGUACAUUGU